UUAGCGUGGCGGCCGGGGGACGACAUGGCCUUCGACCUGGGAACGAUGACGACCAAUCCGGGCGACUCGACCUUCGACUACGCGUCGGUUGUGUCGAUCAACAUCUUCGUGGCCCUCCUCUGUGCCUGCAUCGUGAUUGGCCACCUGCUCGAGGAGAACCGGUGGCUGAACGAAUCCACCACUGCUUUAAUCAUCGGGCUGUGCACCGGAGCGGUGAUUCUUUUCGCCCGAGGAGGGAGGAACUAUGUUAUCAUGAUGUUCAGUGAAGAUCUAUUCUUUAUCUAUGUGCUGCCACCAAUAAUUUUCAAUGCCGGGUUCCAAGUAAAGAAGAAACAAUUCUUCCGCAAUUUCAUGACAAUUAUGCUGUUUGGUGUAGUAGGAACAGUGAUUUCGUUCAUCAUAAUCUCAUUUGGUGCUUCACAAGUUUUCAGAAUAAUGGAUUUAGGCGCAUUGGAAAUUAGAGAUUAUUUUGCAAUUGGGGCAAUCUUUUCUGCAACAGAUUCUGUUUGCACUUUGCAGGUGCUUAAUCAGGAUGACACACCUUUGCUUUAUAGCCUGGUCUUCGGUGAAGGUGUUGUAAAUGAUGCUACAUCCGUGGUGCUUUUUCAUGCAAUCCAGAAAUUUGAUCUGGUUCAUAUCGACAUCAAAGUUGUAAUGAAGCUUGUUGUAAACUUCUUUUAUCUAUUUUCUACUAGCACCUUUCUUGGAGCAUUUACAGGAUUGCUCAGCGCUUAUAUUAUUAAAAAGUUAUAUUUUGGGAGGCAUUCAACUGACCGAGAAGUUGCUCUUAUGAUACUUAUGGCUUACCUUUCUUACAUGCUGGCUGAAUUGUUAGACUUAAGCGGUAUUCUUACAGUAUUCUUUUGUGGAAUAGUAAUGUCACACUAUACAUGGCAUAAUGUGACACAGAAUUCCAGGGUCACCACAAAGCAUGCCUUUGCAACGUUGUCAUUUAUCGCUGAAGUUUUUCUCUUUCUUUAUGUUGGAAUGGAUGCAUUAGACAUUGAGAAGUGGAGAUCUGUCAGUGGCAGCCCUGAAAAAUCAAUUCGUAUGAGCGUAGUUCUUCUAGGAUUGGUAAUGGUUGGCAGAGCUGCUUUUGUUUUUCCACUCUCUCUCAUCGCCAACAUAAGCAGAAAUUCUCAGAAUGAUAAACUUACGUUGAAGCAGCAAGUCAUAAUCUGGUGGGCAGGUCUUAUGAGAGGUGCGGUAUCAAUUGCACUUGCUUACAAUCAGUUUAGCAGAUCUGGCCAAACUCAUCAGCAAGGAAAUGCAUUUAUGAUCACCAGCACCAUUACAGUUGUUCUUUUCACUACAGUGGCAUUAGGUUUGAUGACCAAGCCUCUUCUUCACUUCUUUCUGCCUCCAAGCACGAGACAUCUCACCAUGAGCUUGUCGUUAGAUCCUUCGAGUCAAGAGUCUUUUCUUUCUCUACUACUCAGCAAUGGACAAGCAAUAGAAGUUGAAGCAGAGAACAGUGUGCCUCGCCCAACGAGUCUCCGAAUGCUUCUUACGACACCAUCGCGCUCUGUUCAUCAUUAUUGGCGCAUGUUCGAUGAUGCCUUCAUGCGCCCGGUGUUUGGCGGGCGGGGAUUUGUUCCACUUGUUACUGGUUCACCGACCGAACGCGAUGGACCCGAUUGAGUGCAAUGUCCAUGGAUGGCAAUAAGCCAGAAGAACAGGGGAGAAACAAGAAAAGUAUAUUCGGCCUCGGUGAAUUCCAGGAUUCAUUAUAUUGCCGAUUUGCAUCAUGAACGAU